UUUGCUUUUCCUCUUUAGUGAAGAUGAUGUCUGCAAAAGUAAUGAUCGUUAAAGUAAUGAUCAUCAUGUUUGUAAUUUGUGUUUUUGCAAAAUCAGAUGGGAAACCCAUGAAGAGGAAAACUGUGGGUGAAAUAGAGCUUCUGUAUAAGCUGCGUAAACAUCUGCAAAAGUUGGAAAGGCAGGAGUGGCUACGGGAGUUGCUGCAGGAAGUGAUCCUCGGAGAGUCUACAGUUCCUAAGGAUGUUUCCCAUAGGUCCCGAAGAAAGGAAGACAAUGUCCUGGUUGAGAGCCAUCAGAAAAGCCUUGGAGACGCAGAUAAAGCUGAUGUGGAUGUAUUAACUAAGGCUAAAUCCCAGUGAAAACACAUCUAUCAGAGCACUGCUCCAGUCAGCCUAGGGCAACAAUAUUACAUGCUGCUAAUGUUUCCACCCUCUAUUAUGAUGACCAAGUACCAAUAUUUCUAAUAUUACCAAACUUUACAUGCAAUCCAUUG